CGAUUUAAGAGUCCAAUUGAUGAGUGGUGCAUCGUCAGUCCCUCUAUUCUUGACUUAGCUAUAUCUUUCUACAACCUCCUUACCCAACUCUUUGAACGCUAUGACAAACCACGUGAAGCUCAGAGAUAUACUCGCUGUUAAAUCGAAAACCCAUCAAUGGCCCCGCAGCCUUAUCUGCGUACUCACUCGCGCAGCUCGCUAAAAUAUUCUACAAGUCAACCGCUGUCUUUGCAAAAUCCAUAUGCAGGUACUAUCGUAAGGGGCCGCGCCAUCCAAAUUGGGAUCUAUGUAUACAGCUGAUGGUCGACGUUGGAGUCAACAUGCACACGGUCUUUCUUCCUUAUUAUGCCAAUGAUGACAAUAUCGAAAACAUUGACUUUCACAAGACCCUUAUCCCUCUGCGCAGCUGUUCUCCGAACGUAUCGGCCUGGCCAAGAGAAAAGGGGAUUCACCGUAUGCAUCACAUCGACACGAAGGGCGUAGCCAUAAAUACUGACGGCUGUGCUGGCAUUCCUGUCGUUGGAGACAAACUAGCCAGGCUAGCUCGGGAGGAUGUGGCACUGGAGAGCCCUCGGAUGCUCGACUGCGAAAUCAUCCUGGGAAAGUCAGCUAUCACGGCACUCGAACCUUAUACGUCUAGCAGUGAGAGGUUGCUUGACACGGUACCUGUGGUUCGGGGUGAGAAAAUUGUUCUCUUUUUCCAUGGCGGAGGCUGGGUGCGCGGAAGUAUUGACACUCACAGAGAGUUCGCAGGGGAGCUAUCCCAGGUCACAGGCACCCGGGUGGUUUCCGUCGGCUAUCGUCUGUCCCCUGAACACUCAUUUCCAGCGUUCGUACAUGAUGCGUAUAUCGCUUACUGUUUCCUACUCAAGCAAGGAUUCAGGUCUUCCAGCAUAGUUGUCUUUGGGGAAAGCGCAGGUGGUCAGCUGGCACUUUCGCUAGUGCAUCUGCUUCGUGGCAUUGGCUCCCCAGCACCCGCAGGUAUUGUUUUGGUCUCACCCGUAUCAAAUCUGCGGCAUGUUAAACCGAGCUAUGGCGCUGCCGAAAACUUCGACUGCCUUGUCGACUACCCCCUUGAGUCGCCAAUGUCUGUUAUACGCAUCAUGUACGCACCUGGACAGCCACUGAGUGAGCAGAUGAAGAAGGAGCUCGAGUCUCCCCUGGUAUCACCAAUCUUUGGGUCGUUCACCGGGUUUCCACCUACCUUAAUACAAAGUGGCAGCUGCGAAUUCCUGUACGAUGACAAUGCUGCCCUGUAUGAAAAGAUCAAGAGGCAGAAUCCUGAUACGCCUGGAAUCGUUCAGCACGACGUAUACGACGGGAUGCCGCAUGUUUUCCAGCUGAUAUUCUCAUACCGGCCAGAGUCUGCAAAAGCUAUGGAUACGAUUGGUAGUUUCGUUCGAGAACUAUGAGCUAGCUAGUACGUUAUCCUCCAAAAAGUAGUCUAUUUCUCUGCUCUACAUUUAGAUAAUUUUCUACAAACUUUCUACUUUCACACCGUCUUGCUCUCCUUUUUAUAGCUUAUUCAAGUGAUCAGUUUUGAGGCAGUG